AAGCUGCAGAUAAUUUCUCUGAUUCUGGGAGUGAUGAGAGAUGGUUUCAUCAGCCAACUUCUGAGAACAAAUGCGUCAUUGGCUAUGAAAGAAUUAUCUUAAAUAACGAUGCAUCAAACUGGACAAAGCGGGUCGCAUUGGCACGACAAACAGUGCAGGGAUCCAAUUCGUGCAAGUGUCAAGUUGGCUUAACACUGUGUAAAAAGAAAAGGGUAAACCAUAUUUGUAGUUCAAGAAAGUAUGACCCUCACCAAGUUUCAACAAUAAUAAAAUUUAUUAUAUUUAUAUUUGAUAUCUGCAGUGAGAGCAUUUCAGACCCCCUGUGGCAGCUUGUUAUUUUAACUAAACUUUACCCAAUGAGUCAAUAUGCUGAUGAUCUUAUUCUAUUCUUGUGUAUGAUCCUCCUCACCUCCAUCAGAUGCGAGUUGAACACCAUGUGUACUGUUACCGGGCCUACUGUCAUUGAUUUCCACGGACAAGCUACUUCUGUCCAGGAUCGGUGUGUGUAUGAACUGAUGACGCCCACCGACACACUAAACGUCAAAAUACUGGCAGAGUUCCGGGAGCGUCGCCGUCGUGAUAUCAGCUUUUUGGACGGUGUCAUUGUGCAACAGCUAGACUCAAAUGUUCAAACAGUUCUGGGUCAAGUUGGGAAAGUGUGGUGUUUUUUUGGAUACUGUGUUUCUGCUGUGAUGCAGGUUGAUGGCAGAUUGGUGACGCUGACCAGCACGCCUCACCUUUUCAACAACAUGAUGCUGUCUCAGGACCAAACUGGAGUCACCCUGCAGAUAUCACAGACCUACCACCUUUCUCUCUUCUUUGAUGGCAACACUGCACAGAUUCACAUCUAUGGACCUGGUCCAUUAAGUCUGCAAGGUUUGUGUUCUGAUUCCAGUCAGCUGAGUGAAAUGAAGCAAGUGGGACUGAGCAACGCUGACUGUGAGACACAGUACGAUGACACUUCCAACAUAACAAUCGAUUGCACCGUGAUGUCCGAGCGCUGUGAUCUCCUGAUGGGGGCGCCCUUCACCACCUGUAAUAUCAACCCAGAGCCCUACAUUCAAGUCUGCAAUUACACUUUGUGCCGAUAUCCUGCAGUGGACGGUUUGAAGUGCCAGUUCAUGGAGGCCUACGCCAGAGACUGUAGAAUCCGCAGAGACGUCAACAAGGGACGGCUGGAGGUCAAGCGUCAGCUUGCCUCAAUGACAGCUUUCACAGAGUCUAAACACAACCUUUAUAAAGAGUUUUUCCUUUUAUUUGUUGCUAAUUCUGCCCCCUUUUCUGGUGGAUGUUUAGGGAUGCCAACUAUCUGCAAAGAAAACUCUGCUUCAGUUACUUUGUGGUUGUCUCUGGAGGAUUUGGGCAUCGACUACUCUGCCCUACAUCUGAAAAAUCAGACCUGCAGGGGUCAGGUGGACAAUAUGACCCACAUGGUGUCCUUCAGCUUUAAUGGCAACACCUGUGGUACAGUGGUCACGGCCAACGACAGCCACAUAAUCUACGAGAACACCAUUAGGUCAGAAAUUACAUAUGGUGAGAUUGUUCGCAGUGAAGAAGUGCGGACUGACUUCUCCUGCUUCUACAACAACCAGACAUGA